AUGGAUACGGAGUCAUAUUACACGGAGAGGAUGAAGGAGGAGGUAGCACUGCUCUUCUCCGACGAUAGCUACUGCUGCUCGCUGCUGCCGCCCUCUGCUUACGAUACUGCCUGGGUCGCCAUGAUCGGCUCCGGUGGCGGCGCCGCACGUCCCCUGUUUCCGCAAUGCGUCGAGUGGAUCCUCGCGAACCAAAGGAAAGAAGGCUUCUGGGGAGAUGGUCAGCGUGCACUCGAUUCCGUCGCCGCCACUAUCGUCUCUGUUCUUGCCCUCCAUCAGUGGAACACUGGCCGUGCAAGCAUCGAGAGAGGUUUGGAGUAUCUCCGUGCAAAUAUAGAAAAGAUACUCGUGCAGUGCCACGGUGGCAUUCCUCGUUGGUUCACCAUUGUUUUUCCAGGAUUGCUGGAGCUGACGCAAUCCAAAGACUUACGUGUGCUUCGCGGCCAUGACGUCAUGCAAUUAGUGAAUGACAUCUUCAAGAGAAGAACAACAAUAUUAACAGCAUCAUCAGGUAGUGAUCAAUAUUACCCACCAUUGACAAUGUUCCUCGAAGCACUCCCACCAAGCAGCAGGCCAAAACAUGAACUGAUUCUUGCUCAACUGAUGGAAGAUGGAUCGCUCUUUAGAUCUCCAUCAGCAACUGCUGCUGCUUUCAUGAUCACAGGAGAUGCUAAUUGUCUCAAGUACCUGCAGGACAUGAUGCAGAGAUGUAGUGACAUCGUGCCCCCUGUAUUUCCUGUGGAUCAAAAUCUCAUAAGGCUUUGUCUAGUUGACCAUUUGAGUAGACUAGGAUGUGGUCAGUUUUUUGAAGAGGAGAUCAAGGAUCUAUUGGACCAUAAUUACAGGAAUUGGAUAAAGCAGCAUCAGGAACAGAGCACUACGAACUGUGUGCUAUCUGAACAAAUAUAUAGUGAUACCUUAGCCUUUUAUCUUCUGAGGACAUAUGGAUAUCCUGUAACAGCAAGGAAACUGUGUUGGUUUAUGGACGACAAGGGCAUUCUUGUGCAUAUAAGGGAAAACCACAAUGAGUUCUUGGGAGCCAUGUAUGGGAUCUACAGAGCAGCACAGUUGAUGUUCCCUGAGGAAGUUGACCUUCAUAAUGCCAAACUGUUCUCCUUGGAAGUGUUGACAAAAUGUCUUCCUCGCAAGGAUUUUGAAGGAAAAGACAAGGUCAUGACAGAUUUCCAAAAAGAGAUCGCACGCGAACUGGAACUCCCGUGGUUACUUAGAAUGGACCACCUUGAGCAUCGCUUGUAUAUAGAGAGAACUAAAGGGUACUGGUUGUGGAUUGGGAAGACCAACAUUUGCAGGCUUUCUCACCCAAAAUGUCUCAUGCAACUGGCCGUGGACAAUUUUACAAAACGGCAGUCAAUUUACAGAAAUGAACUCCAGAUGCUGAAUAGGUGGUCAGAAGAAUCAGGGCUUUCAAAAAUGGGGUUCGGCCGAGAAAAAACUACAUACUGUUACUUCUUAGCCACUGUUCCAACAUGCCUCCCUCUGCAUUGUGAACUAAGGAAAAUAGUGGCAAAAAAUGCAACCCUAGUCACAAUUGCUGAUGAUUUCUUCGAUGAAAAAGGAACGGAAAGUGAAUUAGAAACACUAACUGAAGCUGUCAACAGGUGGGAAGGAGACAACUUAUAUAGCCACUCCAAAGUAAUCUUUGAUGCACUUCAUGAACUUGUAAAUGAAGUAGAAUUCAAUGCAUUCCGUGACCAUGACAAGACUGUGAAAGAUGCCCUUCAAGAAAUGUGGCGUGAUGCGUUUAACUCUUGGCUAAAGGAAUCCAAGUGGAGCAGAUGCAAACAUGUGCCUUCUACCGACGAGUACAUCGAUGUCGCGAUGGUUUCAGUGGCUAUUCAAGUAAUGACUCUUCCUGCUUGCUACAUCACUCAUCCAAAAGUUCCAGUUGAUGGCAAAUUGGGGUCUCGUUACUGCAAAAUGACCGAGCUGUCAAUGCUGUGUGCUCGUCUGCUAAAUGACAUAGGAAGCUAUAUGAGAGAAUUAGGGGAUGGAAAGUUCAACAUGGUUCCACUGUACGUGAAAGAGAAUUUGGAGAGCAGCAUUGAGGACUCAGUUGGGCAUAUAAAGACAGUUCUUGAGAGGAAGGGGAAGGAGUUUCUCGAGCUGUUCUUGAACCAAGAAUAUGGAGGAGUUCCAAGAGUGUGGAAGGAGUUGCACGUGGCCACUCUCAAAGCUUUCUGGAUGCUCUAUGAUUCCAACAAUAAAUUUGACUCGCCAACCGCGCUGCUCCAAGCUAUCAGAAUGGCGUUUUAUGAACCGCUGGCGAUCGAUGCUUAGAACGAACUCAUUUCUAAGCUUGCUAAGAAGGUUUGUGAUUCACAUGUAUAAUAUUAGAUUGAGUUUCUGAGAGGGAAUUAAUAUAGAAUGCAGCAUUCAUAUUAGUCUGCUAGAGGUAGGAGAUUAAUGUCUCUUUGCCAAGUAUGCAUACAAUGA